CUUGUACGCAGGGGCGGACUGACCAUUUGGAAACUCGGGCAAUGCCCGAGGGCCCAGGGUCAGUAGGGGGCCCCAUGAGAUGCCCCUGGUACCUUUUUCAUAGGCUUUUUUGAGUUUUGGCAAGGACACAGGGGCCCCAUGAUCCCUUUUUGCCUGGGGCCGCAUGAGUUGUCAGUCCGCCCCUGCUUCCAUGGAUGCUAUCUCACUCCCUCCUCUUCUCUAAGACACUCCAGCUGGUGGUUGCACAAUGAUGUCAUUGAGUACAGUGCAGGUCCAGUAGCCCUGCAUUUUACA